CAAACAACUCAAAGUAAACGAUGUUGAUUCUUGGACUAUAAGUUGCUUUCAUUAAAUGAGACUUGGACUUUGUAAAACAUUACAUAAUUGUUUCUUGUUGAUUGUGGUUGUGGUUGUUUAUACGGAAAAUCUGAACACCAACUUAAACUAGAAGAUGGUAUCGCCUGGGAUUAUGGCAGAUGGUGAUUCUAAAUCACUUCUUAGCUUGUUCGCUUUCUUACUCUUUGUUUUGACCACCGCCACAGCAGUGGCCGGAGAUUCUCUGGACAGUGAUCGUGAGGUCUUGUUGAGCUUUAAAUCUCACCUUGAAUCUCGGAACCCAACAGAACGAGGGAAGUACAACGAAUGGGAAACAACAGAGAAGCAAGAUGUGUGUCAUUGGCCUGGGAUCACAUGUACCCCUGACAAAAGUAGAGUCACAGGGAUCAGUCUAACGGAUUCCACCAUCUCAGGUCCUCUAUUCGGCAACUUCUCUGCCUUGACGCAGCUCACAUUUCUUGAUUUAUCAAGUAACACGAUCGGAGGGUCGAUUCCAGAUGACCUGAGCCGUUGCCACAGCUUAAAGCAUCUGAAUCUUUCUAAUAACAUCAUUAGAGGGGAGCUUAGCUUAUCCGGGCUAUCGAAUCUUGAGGUUCUUGAUCUGUCCGUGAAUAAAAUUUCCGGUGAUGUUCGCUCUAGCUUCCCAUUGAUAUGCAACAGCUUGGUUGUUGCAAAUCUAUCGACAAAUAACUUUAGUGGCAGAAUAGAUGACGUCUUCAAUGAGUGUAGGUAUCUGAAGUAUGUGGACUUGAGAUACAAUAGAUUCAGUGGAGAGAUAUGGUCUGGUUUUAGGAGGCUGGUCAAGUUUUCAGUUUCUGGGAAUCGUCUCUCCGGGAACAUCUCAGCUUCCAUGUUCAGGGGGAAGUGCAAUUUGCAAGUGUUGGAUUUGUCUGGGAACGGUUUUGUGGGGGAGUUUCCGGGACAAGUUUCGAAUUGUCAGAACCUGAAUGUGUUGGAUCUGUGGGGAAACAACUUCACGGGAAACAUUCCGGCUGAGAUAGGAUCCAUAUCAUCUCUCAGAGGUUUGCACUUGGGGAAUAAUAUGUUUUCUCGAGACAUACCGGAAACUCUCCUGAACUUGAGCAACUUGGUGUUUCUGGGCUUAAGCAGAAACAACUUUGGAGGAGAAGUACAGGGAAUAUUCGGAAGAUUCACUCAAGUGAAGUAUCUAGUUCUGUAUGGCAACUCGUACGUUGGAGGUCUCUAUUCUUCUAACAUCCUCACGUUACCUAAUCUUUCAAGGCUAGAUCUUAGCUACAACAACUUUUCAGGCCGGUUGCCUUCUGAAAUCUCCCAGAAUUUGACGUUCUUGAUUCUUGCUUAUAAUAACUUCAGCGGCGAUAUACCACAUGAGUAUGGGAACAUGCCGAGGCUUCAAGCACUUGAUCUCUCGUUUAACAGGCUGACCGGUUCAAUACCAGCUUCUUUUGGAAAGUUGACAUCUCUUUUGUGGCUUAUGCUUGCGAAUAACUCUCUGUCAGGAGAAAUCCCACGCGAGAUUGGAAACUGCUCGAGUCUAUUGUGGCUUAACGUGGCGAACAACCAGCUCUCUGGUGGACUGUAUCCUGAACUGACUAAUAUGGGUAGCAAUCCUACUCCAACGUUUGAAGUGAACCGGCAAAGCGAGGACUACAUAGUUGCUGGUUCCGGUGAAUGCUUGGUGAUGAAGAGAUGGAUUCCUGCAGAGUUCCCUCCUUUCAUAUUUGGAUUGGAAACUCUUACAAAAAGGAGUUGCAGAAGCCUGUGGGACCAUGUUCGUGAAGGUAAAUGUAUAUUUCCUGUAUGCCCUCCUGGUUCUACUGUGGGUCCACUUGAUGUUUCAGGCUAUUUUCAGCUCAGUGGAAACAAGAUGUCCGGCGAGGUUCCUGCAAAUAUAUCUCAGAUGAAGAAGUUGAGUAUGCUUCAUUUGGGGUUCAAUGAGUUUGAAGGGAAACUGCCUAUAGAGAUUGGACUAUUGCCUCUUGUGUUUCUUAACCUGACCAGAAACAAGUUCUCAGGCCAUAUUCCUCGAGAAAUCGGAAAUAUAUAUAAUCUGCAGAAUCUUGAUCUGUCCUACAACAAUUUCUCAGGAAACUUUCCAACGAGUUUGAAUGACUUGAAUGAGAUGAGUAAGUUCAACAUCUCGUAUAACCCUUUCAUACAUGGUGUGAUACCAUCUAGGGGACAGCUUGCAACCUUUGGAAAAGACUCCUUUCUAGGAAAUCCUCUGCUGCAGCUUCCUAGUUUCUUUAACCAACCAGGGAACAACAAUUCGAGUUCAGGAGAACGAGAUAAUGGGAGAGAAGAGGAUGAAGAUGAUGAAUCUGCUAUCGACAUGUUGGCUUUCUGUUGGAGUACUGUUUCAUUUUAUGUGGUUGCGCUGAUAGGCACUCUAGUACUGAUAUACUUUGAUUGUCCUUGGUCUCGAGCAUGGCUCCGCCUUAUCGAUACUUUCAUGUCAUCUUUGAAAAGUAAGUUGUCUUAAAAUCGUUUCUGAUCAGUUAUCAAGGAAAAAGCUUGAAUCUUCUCUUUCUUUCUGUAAGUAUAUGUGUUGUGGAUUUAACUUGCAAGUUAUUAUUUAUUGUAUUUAGCGGUUCAAUUUAUUAAGCUAUGUGCAAUAUUUAUUUCGGUGGUC